CGAGCACUUCCGGCCAACGAACCACAAGGAAAGAUGAACACAUUUCUGUCCAGAUUGAACACAAUUUUCGCCUUCACACUUAGUGUGAUGGCGGGAUUGACGUUUUGCUGUUUCCUGACGACUGCUUUCAACGAACAUAAAGCACCUGUAUAUAUUGGAACGGGAAAAGCAAUAGUAAAAAAUGUCCCUGAUUACAGUGCCACAAGAGAAAAAAAUGACCUAGGAUUUGUUGUGUUCGAUAUGCAAGCUGAUUUAUCAAGAAUAUUUAACUGGAAUGUGAAGCAGUUAUUCCUGUAUUUGACUGCAGAAUAUGAGACAAAAGAUCAUGUCUUAAAUCAAGUAGUGAUCUGGGACAAAAUCAUAAAGAGGGGAGAGAACUCAGUACUUGACUACCGCAGCAGUAAUACCAAAUAUUAUUUCUGGGAUUAUGGAAAUGGUCUUAAAGGAAACAACAACGUCACACUGACUUUAUCAUGGAAUGUCAUACCAAAUGCUGGAACAUUGCCGAAAAUCAGAGGAGAAGGAUCACACAAGUUCAAGUUUCCCAAUGAGUACAGCACAAAUAGGCUUUAGAAGAUCAGACACCAUAAACAAAUUGUGUUAUAAUUUGGGGGUUUGAUUGGAACCAAAUAUUAGGGAAAUGCCCUGCCAUGGCCAAGGGAGUUGAAUAUGAUUUAGGGGUUUAAUUGAAACCAAAAAUUAGGGAAAUGCCUUGGUAUGGUCACGAGGGUGGCAUAUAAUUUAAGGGUUUAAUUGAAACAAAAACUUAGGGGUAAAUGCCUUCAUAUGGUCAGGAGGUUUUGAUGUAUAGUAUUCUGUACAGUAUUUCUAUACAACUUGAUACUUAACCUUUUAUGGAAAUGAGGAUAAUUCAUACAAGUCUGUUAUUGUUGAUAUACAAGUAAUUAAUCAAUGAAUUUACACUUCAAUUGUUUACAAAGAAUAUGUCUUCAGUAUAUCUGGUAAAAGUUUCAUUUAUCCUCCAAUGGUUGCUAUUAAGAAAGCACAUUCAUUGGAGAUUCAUGGAUUUUCUGAUUGAGAAAAGUAUAUAGAUGCAAAAAUCUUAAGGUAAUUGUCCUUGGAUAUCUGCCACUGAUUUAAAGGUUCAUUUUGAGAUUUGUGUCAAGAUAAGAUAAAUAUUCAUAUACCACUUAUCAUGUACUAAUCAAAGCAAGAAGUUUUGUUGGGGUAUUAACACACUUGCAGCAGAUCAUUGAAUAGAAAACUUGAUAAUAUUGAAAAAAAAUUAACAUCAAUUUUAACUUGCUAUUCAAAUGGACUGUGUGACAUCUGUUGGGGAGUAAUAUUUUGGUGCUCAAGUCUACAUCAUUUGUAGACCACAACAAUUAUAAGAUUUUAUUCUAAAACCCUUAGAUUACAACAAAUAACUGCUAAUGUGUUAAAAGUGCUACUUGAGUAACUAUACUACUGUUAUGACUAGGGACGAUACAUUUUUACAUGUAUUUAUAUGAUACAUGUACUUUAAUGGUCAAUAUUUUUUGUGAAAAUGGUAUUAAGUCAUAUUUUGAUAAUUAGAUUUUGUUCAUCAGAUUUGUUUUGUUAUGUAGUUGGUCAGAUUCAAGUUUAUACCAGUGCAGGAAUAUUUGAUGUAUCAUACAAUGAGUCCUAUGCCAGAGUCAUGGGACGGGAGAGCAGAAAAAAUCAUGCGGAAUAUGUGGAAUCAUAAAUGAUAUAUUUUAUCAAAUGGCUGCCAUAGACAGACUAUUAAAAAAUACUUCAUCAUUGUAAAUGUUCAUUCAUUCUAAAUAACUUGAGGUGGCCUAGAAUGUGUGAGUGGGGAAUUGUUUUAUAGAUGAUGAUUACUUACAGAUGUGUAUGUCUGCUUGUGGACAUUUGAAUUGUCUAACAAUUCGGCACUUCCUCUCAGAUCUGAAGUACGAUAUCUUUGAUUUCUUAAUUUAUCUUACAACAUCUUAGUAUAUUGUCAUUCAAAUGCAUUGCUAUUUAUAUUAAGUGAUAUCAAAAGAUGUUUGCAAUGGAUGUGAAUUGAUAAGCGCAGCUGUAUUGAAAAUUAUGAUUCAUUGUUUUAUGAGCAUUUGUAAGAGAUCUUUUUACAUUUGACAUACUGUAUCAUUGUCAUUUUGAACAUAAUUGUAUAGUAGAGUUGAUUAACAGUAGAUUUUCAGUCUAUUUUUAUUUAUGUAAGGUAUUCAAAUGCUGUUGAAUGUUGUUAUGAAUUCAGAGUUAUUGUUUUUGUUCUGUUGAUUUGCAGAACAAAAUCUUACUGCACAUUGUAAACCUCUCCAUUUUAGAGGCAAACGAAGAACAGACACCAAACUUGAUUAUCUCCCUUAGUUUGAUAUCUACAGUCAAUGCUGUUUGACAAAGAGAUGAAUAGGUUAACACAAUGCUGCCACUAUGUAAAUUACUUGUACAUUCUUCUACUCAUUAACUUAAUGAAUUAUAGUAAAUACAUCAAAUUUAAUUUCAAAUUUAAAGUGCACAAUGAAUAAGUUCAUACACGUUUUCACAUUCUGAUACAAACAAUCUUUAUUCACUUAAAUUUCAUUUAACUGGUAUGCAGAAUGUUUUUCUGGGUAGAGAUAAAAUGAAACAGCAACAUGUACAUUUUUUUUCAGAAGAGAUUAUGAGAUAUUUGAAAACGGUAAAACUGUAUAUGGGAAAUGCAGAUGUACAUGAAUAGUGACCUUACAUAUAUCAGCAAUGAAUGGUGUUUCAGUGUAUGUAAUGUUGAAUGUUUGGGUAACUUUCCAUUGAUACUGUUGUUGUUGGUAGUGGUGUGUUAUUACUGGGGAGAGUGUAUGAAAGGGACUUUUGAUUAUACCUUGUAUCAAUAAAUACCUUCCUGUGGUAUGUUAACAAGUGUUGGAUGACAAUAAUUUAAUUAGAUUGAUGUCACUGACAACAGGAUUGUCGAUGUGUUUAGUGUUCAUUUUUGGACGGGGACGUUAGGGAUAGGUGUUAGAAAAUAAAUUUAUUAUAAAUUCAGCAUUGAUUUUACUCUCCUAAGCACGGUUUUACUGCUGUAAAAUAUUGUAAUUGUACAAUUACUUCUUUAAAGAAAUGCAUCUUUAAGUGUAACAGAUUAAUAAAGAUGUAUGUGUUGCAUGUUUCCUUUCAAUAUAUGUCAAACUGUGUACUGUAGUAAUAUGAAUAUGGUGCCAGUUUGAAUUUUCAGCAAUUUUUUAACAAUUCUCAUUUCAUACAAUGUUAUUUUCUUGAACAUCAUAUUUCCAUAUCUAAAUGAAUUUCAGUUGUUUAGGGUUAAAUAGAUGGGUUCAAAAAUAGGUCUUUCCAAAUGUUAAUGUAUUGAGGUAAAUAUGUAUACAUACAAGAUUCUUUAAUUUUGACACAGAAAUACAUGUAUCUUGUUCAGAGGUAAUAUUUAUUAAUGCAAUGUCUUUAUAGUUGUAAAAUUUCAUGCUUUACGGUUAGGAUAAGAUGUCUUUUAAUAUUGAUUUAGCUUCGAUCUUUAUAAUCUAUAUAUUAUGUCGUGAUCGUGGAGAUAAAAUUGGAUUAAGGGAUUUACUUGUUAAUUAACAAAUUAUAUCAAACAUUUCUAGUGCAUUGAAGUAAGAGUGAUUUCUUGAUAUAGUAAGGAUGUGAAUGAAUAAAUGCUAUUUCUAUCAAAA